UUGGGAGCACAUCUAUCUACGUGCACUACAGAAUCGCAGUUGCCUUCAUGAGCGCCCUGUAAACUUAGGGUUCUGAGUUAAGAAGCAUGAAAUCAGGAAAAGUUUCGGAAUAAAACACUGUUUUCAUUGUCGGUUGUAGCAAAUACAGUAUUUAUGUUUUUGCUUGUACCCGUUCUGUUCAAAGCUCAAACGAACCACCAAUGAAUACCGUUUUUAGAGAGUUUUACUUGAUUUUUAAACUUUUCUAGUAUCUACCAACGCCUAAAUGUUACGUUUGUCGCGAUUAUUCUUCAUUUAGAAUAAAAAGUAUUAAAGUAUUUUAGUUCGUGCGUCUGUGUGCUUUCAAAAGAGGCCGAAGUUGACGGUUGGUGAAAGAUAGCAAGAUUUCCCACUGCACUAGAAGGCAGCAUAGUAGGCACGCUCCCUGUGUGCUCGUGGAUCUGUCAGUUGCAGGUAGCGGGACAGUGAACGCGCCCGGAACUCGGUUCGUCCGUUAUCGUCCAACCGACACCCGCCUUUCUUGUUUUAUUUAAAAUAAAAACGAGUCGCUGCUACACGUCGUUGUACUUUACAUGCGGUUCUUUGCUGUUCUUUGCCGUGAUGCUCGGGUUAGGUAGUUAGAUAACGUUAGCCAGGGAGCUAGCAUCGAUUGCUCGGGGAGAAAGUAGCGGAGACCGUGUUCCCUUCUCCCGGGGCUGCGCGCCUUCAAACCCCGGCCUUAAAAUGGAGCGAACUAGGGAGAUAUUCCAGUAUCUCCAGGACCCGCACCUCGUCGCCCACUUUCAGCACAUCUGCGGCGUACGAGGGACGUUUUCGAGAAGCGUCACGACCACCGACAGCGGCAAGGCAGCUGGCCGGACUCACUUGCACAACAACGGCGCUUGUCAUCAUCGCGUCUCCGGGGAAGCUGAGCGUGACUUUCUGGAAGUCACCGGCGCCGGAGAAGGGGAGAAAAUUCAAACCACGGCAGCGGGUCUUCGGAAGAGGAUUACAGAUUCUAGCCCGGGCACGAACCUCGUGGAUGGGAGUGAAAGUACCCCCCAGAACGGGGCUGCUGUUUCCGCGGGCACCGCCGGAGGAGAGGACGGUCUCGGGAGAACCGGACCGGGCUCCUCCGAGGCGGCGGCGGCGGCGGAGCCGGGGGAGAAGGAGAGGGAGCCCGGGAACCCUCCGCGGAGCAGCACGGUGAAGCCCCUCCGCAGGAACUCUCUAACCGGCGACGUGGGGCAGGAGUUCCUGAUCGAGGACCGGUUCCUGUACUACCUGUUCACCUUCGGAACCGAGCUGGGCAACGAGCUCUUCUACAUCAUCUUCUUCCCGUUCAUCAUGUGGAACGUGGACGCCUUCGUGAGCCGGCGGCUGAUCAUGGUCUGGGUGUGGGUCAUGUAUCUGGGACAGUGCACCAAGGAUGUGAUCGGGUGGUCCCGGCCGGCCUCCCCCCCGGUGGUCAAGGUGGAGGUUUUCUACAACUCGGAGUACAGCAUGCCGUCCACACACGCCAUGUCCGGCACCGCCAUCCCCUUCUCCCUGUUCCUCAUGACCUACGGCCGCUGGGAGUAUCCUCCGACUCUGGGCUUCAGCCUGGCUCUGUGCUGGUGUCUGCUGGUCUGUUCCAGCCGGAUCUACAUGGGGAUGCAUUCAGUCCUGGACGUCAUCGCCGGUUUCCUGUACAGCGUCCUCAUCCUGCUCUUCUUCCUGCCGGCCUUGGACCUGAUCGACGGCUUCAACCUGACGUGCCGCUACGCUCCGCUCAUCAUCAUCUCCCUCCACCUGGGCCUGGGCCUGUUCUCCUUCACCCUGGACACCUGGAGCACCUCCCGGGGCGACACCGCCCAGAUCCUGGGCACGGGGGCCGGCGUGGCCCUGGCGUCCCACGUCAACCACCUCCUGGGCCUGAUGCCCGACGUGACGCCGGACCAGCUGCCCCUCGCCAUGCCCCCGCUCAGCGCCGGCCUGGUGGGCGCCGCCAUGCUGCGCCACGUCCUGGGCGUGUCGGUGCUGGUGGCCACGCGGGCGCUGAUGAAGGCCGUCACCAUCCCGCUGGUGUGCCGGGUGGCCCGGGUGCCCAGCGACGACGUGAGGAAGGCCCGGCAGCACAUGGAGGUGGAGCUCCCCUACCGCUACAUCGUGUACGGGACGGUGGGAUUCAACGUCCUCUUCCUCGUCCCGCUGCUCUUCAGGUUCUUGCACCUCUCCUGACUGGAGCUUACGUAUCUGCCUCGGAGAAUCAAAGCCUCACCUGGAUAAAGAGGUUCUAGUUUUUAGUUUGUUCAGGUUUCGCUCUGUAGAACGAAGGAACCUGGACCAGCUCAGUGUCUCCUGCUGGUGAACGUGGAUCAGUUCUCUCUGUUCUGCUCUUUCAGAUUUAUUUAAAAAUCCAACGGUUUGACUGUUUCAGAGCCGAACAUCCACUCCUCCUCCUCCUCCUCCUCCUCCUCUUCUUCUUCUGCCGGCUUCCUUUAAAAGACAGUUCAAGCUGGAAAAAAAAGCCACUGAUAGAUUACCUGUGUUUUAGCAUCAACUUUUUUGUAUUAAUGCAGUAAUUACGAGGAAUUCAGACAAAGAACCGAGAAGAACCUAAAGUUUUAGCUGCAGAAAUGUUGGAAAAGUCUCAUCAAUCGUCUCAAACUCAAAGAUCUGAAGAAGUUUUUCAGCCAAAAACAACAAAUUCAUCAGAUGUUAAAAUGAAAAUAGAUUCAUUUUGAUGAUUGACUGCUCACUUCAUCUUCUCUUGGGAGUUUGUUUUUAUGGUUCUUUGUCUGAAAACCUCGUAAUGUUUGAACUUUCAAAGCAAUAAGAUUCCUGUGAUUUUAAAUGAUUCCUUGUUCCUGUAUCAGAGUUCAUCCUGAUCCGGGACGUUAUCUGGUUUGUUUAGAGGUUUUAAUCGCACAUGUGUAGAGUUUAUUCCUACAGGGCUCUUCCCACUGUUUUUGUUUUUACGCAGGCGGCGGUUUUUCCUCUGCUCUGUGAUCGAUUGCUUUUUCCUGACUGGGCACAUAUACUGUACGAUCCAGAGGCGAAGGAAGGAACUUUGUUUGGGAAAUGUACAGAGACGGUUUUAAAGAGUUUAUUUUAUUCUAAUCUUACACUGUAAACUGGCUUCCUGUUCUUCCUCCACUUCCUGGUUUCAGGAGGUUAGGACAUGAUGACUCAGGCAAAUUUAAAAUAUAUACUUAGGCAUUUUGAAAUCUUAGUUUGGGAGUUUUUUGGGACCAGAAAAAGACGGAAGUGGAAACCACUGGGAGGAAAAUGGGAAAGAUUUUUAUAAUUUAUGAAAUAAAUAAAGAGGAGCAUUUAUGACAUUUAAAGAAAAAUAUGCAAGAUUUUAAGACUUCGUUCUGGAUGUUGUUUAGGCAUUUUUUUUAUCAUUUUAAGUUUAAACUAUUAAUUUAAUCUUAAUUCUGACAAUAAUACAACAUUUACAUCUUUUAUAGUGACAACUUUAAAAACGUUUUUAUGACUGUUAAAAAAAAAAAGAUCUCCAAAGAUUUUACCUUCAUUCAGACAAAGCACAGGUUUAUUAUUAUUAUUAUUAUUAUUGUUAUUAUUAUUAGACACAAAUUCCAGUUCAGCUUCUUAACUAAGUGUAGCAUCGUCACAACAACCAGGAAUUCAAUAAAAUUAGAAAAAGAACUUCAAGAACUUCAACUCCAAUUUAGAAAAAGUUGAAAUUGUGCAGAUUAUCGUAGGUUUAAAGGACCAGUGUGUUUGGUUUAGUGCCAUCUGGUGGCGAAGAUGUAGACUGAAACCAACUGAAUCUUUCUAAAUGUGUGGGUUCCCUGUUUGGUUUGUUCCUUCUGGGCUACUGUAGAAACAUCAGUUUGAGAUAAAAAAAAAAAAAAAUCGUGCACUGCUCCUUUAAAGCUCCUGACCUUUUUUUUUUUUUUUUUUUUUUAUAAAU